AUCUCCGUCUCCUCCAACAAGCCGUAUUAGAGAGCGACUCGACAACAACAUUCAAAAUGGGCAAGGUUCACGGAAGUUUGGCUCGUGCCGGAAAGGUCAAGUCUCAGACCCCCAAGGUUGAGAAGCAGGAGAAGAAGAAGACUCCUAAGGGUCGCGCGAAGAAGAGGCUCACCUACACCCGCCGCUUCGUCAACAUCACUCUGACGGGCGGGAAGCGCAAGAUGAACCCCAAUCCCGGCUCUUAAACUACCCACCGCGAUCAAUCAUUUUCGGCA